GCGAGGUCUUCCUCUCUAGCCCUCGUUUUUUCUUUUGAGUAGGCCAACGAUUUUAUUAAAACAGCUUCCCUUCUGUACCCAUUUCCCUUACACACUUGUACCAACACCACGAUUUCUAUCCCUUUCCAAUAUUAUAAGAAAAAAGUUGUUCUGUAUACUUGUCCCCUCCCCUCUGCCGGAUCUCAAUAUACCCCCUCGUAUUUCAAGCCUAUAUCAGCUCUUUCUUGAUUGAUCCACGUCUGUUUCUCCUCCUCAUUUCAAAUACCCACACGGCUUCAUAUCUACACAUAUUCCACACACCAUGUAUAUUCCGGCAUCAAAGUCGUCUUUUAUGUGCAGCGGACGCAGCGUGAUGCUGAACCGUAGCAACAGCACAACUGCAACCACCACGGUGGGAAAGCAUGAGGGUGGGGCACCGCUCUCACUUAUUCUACAGAGCCACACAUCGUCAGCCGCCAAGCGCGCCCAGGCACGGCCCACAUACACUCCUCCGGCUGUGGUGCGCAAGAACUCUGGGGAGAUUGUGCGCUCCUGCCUCCGCAAGCGUGCUACCUCCGAGCCCAACCUCAGCUCGAUGCAGCAGCCGUCCAAGUUUGUCCACUUUGGAGCGGACUUGGAGCGCGUGCGGUGGUUCCUGAAGGCCCAGAGCCCCGAGAGUGUCCAGGCAGAUGCCUCGCUUGACGACGAGCUCUCACGCGCAUCGACACCCGUGGAUGCAGCACACACAGCUGCUGCACGCCCUGCCAUGGUGCGGCUCACAUCCAUCCGGCGCCCGACACCCUCGUUCAUUGUGUUUGAGGAGAGCCCGGUUGUGCUGGAGCGCAUGGACCUGGCUGACAACAAGGCCUCAUCGGCCGUCAUCUCGGGCACCAUCAAGGUCCACAAUCUGGCGUACGAAAAGAACAUCGUGGUGCGCUACUCGCUUGACGAGUGGAAGACCACCCAGGAGGUCUGCGCCAAGUACCAGCGCACACUGGCUGAGCCCUCAGGCCCGCGCCCCGGCAUCGACCGCUUCACAUUCUCGCUGCCGCUGCCGGCCUCGGCCAUGGUUCAUCUGCCUGCUGUCGUUGCGCUGUGCGUGCGCUACGAUGUCGGCGGUGCCGAGUACUGGGACAACAACAAGGGCUCCAACUACAUGGUUAAGGUAUCGCACCCUGCCCUGCCUGCCAUCGCCGACGACGAUGCCGACCACCCCAUGAUUGCCAUGAAGUGCAGCGCCGGCUACUCGCAGGAGCUCAGCGCGCCUCGCCGCCUCACGUUCAACGAGACUGCCUCCGCCCCGUGGGUACCUACUGCCAUGGCCUCGUACUCCAACCCAACCCCGGCCGACACUCGCCGAUAUAUGGCCAGGUCCGAGGCGCUAUUUGCUUCCCCCUCCCAGCGGGCAUCUGCCAGUAGCAAUAGCCCGUCUAUUGAUGCCUUCACUCAGCAGCCGCCCAUGUACACGCAGCAGGCGUUCUCGCCGCUGCAGCCAGGGCUGCCGAUGUACCAGGAUGUUGCGUGGUGCGGAACCGACUUUACCUCCUUCGACUAUGCACCCCCGGCGUACUAUUACCGUCAGCCGAGCGCAGCUGUGUCGCCAUCUUCCCUGUCACCUGCCAACAUUGCGCGCCUGUCGUCGCCUGUUGCCCAGCAGCUGGCGGCCCGCUCGGGCUCGCCACUUGCCACGCCCAUGCGCACUGGCAGCCCCAUCAACCACCAGGUGUUUGGCCCCAGCGGCGCUUUGCGCAACAGCUCGCCGCUGACCUGGGCCCAGGGAACCACGGCCUCGGCACUGCAGUGCUAAAAACAACUGCAGAUGCAGCAAUUUAUUGGCGUUUCUACCAGCGCUCGGCUGUCGAUGAAAUUGCUUGGGGGAGGUUUGUCGGGUUGGGUUCGCUGCGGUUGGGCUCAUUUUUCAAUGAGCGUGCAUUAUCCUGCCGCAUCAGUUUACCACCCUCGGGGGCG